AUUUUGGUUGUUGUUAUUUUUAGAAGCAAAGAAGAAUCAAAAUUCAAAACUGACGGAGACGAUCUGAGCGUCUCAGAGACUGAAUGCAGAGAGGAUUUCCAGGAUGAGCCGAUCGACAAUUCACAGCACACGAAUAGCAGCGAUCUGAAGCAAGAUUUGGAUCCGGAAGUGGUGAGCUGUUACUGCAGUGCCUCGCACACCGACAACAUAUCCACCGAUGAGCACGACAGUUUGCGGGAUUCGCACAGUAUUCGACCAGUAUUGCACAAGGGCAUCCAGUCCAGCGACAGCGGAGCCGACCUUACGGAGCACGUGAAGGGUGGCGAUCCGGACAACAUAUGGCACAAGUAUUGGGCGAAGCAUGGAGAAAGACUGAUUUGGGAUUCGUGGAUCGAGAAGUAUAGCGAUUACAUAAAUCCCGAUUACCUAGAGCAGACGCCGGAGAGCAAUCAAACGGAAGUUGCGGAACAUUCCAAGAGUCGUUUUAACUUCGACAAGAAGGACCUGGAGAAGAAUUUAAGUAUAAUAGAUGAGAAUAAAGUGCUGAUCGAUAACGGAGACAAUAUAACUCAGAGGAACCGAAGUCUGGUGAGGAACCUAUCCGGCAGUGACUCUUAUGAUAAACUCAACACCGAUAUUUCGGAAGGAUGGAAUCCUUUGUCCCCAUCGAGCGUUGACUGCGAAACGGAAGCGGAGAGAUUGCUGAGCAGUCGUUGCGGAUCGUAUGCGAGCAGCUCUAUUCGAACUAUAGAUUCUAUGACCAAUGUCACUCGCAUGACUGUAUCUUCAAUCGAUCUCAGCGAAAGUUCGAAAAGUUCAGAGAGCUUCUCUUCGGUGAGUUCCGUGCAGAGUUCAUUGAGUUCAAGUUCGGAGGAGUUCGAGGAGAACGGCGAUUACGAUAUUCAGUGGAAUUCGCUCUGGAAGAAACAUUACGAGGAGGAGUAUUUGGAGCAAUACAAGAGGUUCAUCGCGUUACAAUUGGGAAAACUCGACGAUGAGGCCGAUGGUCUCAAUCACUUCACGCACAAGAAUGUUAUGCAAUCAAUGAAGAUAUUGGGCAUCGAGAGGAAGAACAGUAACGCAUCCAGCGCGGACGACAGCGAGUCGCAUGCCAAGAAACGUUCGAAAAAGGUGAACAAGAAAUCCGUGGAUUCCGUUGGCAGUUUGUUGAACAAAUUGAAGAUGGAGGACGUGAUCGAAGCGGACGUAGUUAAAUUAGCGGAGGUUGAGAGCAUGCAUUGCGAUGAGAAUCUGAUGGGUUCGAUGGGAUUGCCCACUGCGUUCGGCAAGCAGAAAACUCCUGAUACUCCUAAAGCCGUGAAUAUUGCGCAACUCGAAGUGGAGAGUAGCGGCACCAAUCAGUCGUCUUCUGAUCGAAUCAAAGCCGCUUUCAACUUGAUGGGCAUCGAAUUGGACGAAGAGCAGAAUCCUAAGUUCAAAGGGCACGUCGACUAUAAAAUGAAGCACAUCCGACUCCAGAAUAGGCAGUUAAAGCUCCAACCUAAACCGAAGCACACUUAUUUCGACGACGACGGUAACGAAGUCGAGGACAAAGAAUCUGACGAGAUCGUCCGAUUGACCGACAAUUCUGAAAAGAAGCCGAGCUUCAGCUCCAACGAGGAAGACGAUAUCGACCAAAUGAUUGAGGAGGAACCGGAAAUCGUCACCUCAAGGAAACGCAAACGUAAACGCAAGUUGGCCUUACCAGUAGAGAUAAAAGAAAACCCGACGCUUCGCAAGUACUGGGAACGGCGUUUUUCGCUGUUCUCGAAAUUCGAUAAGGGAAUUAAAUUGGACGAAGAGAGUUGGUAUUCGGUGACUCCUGAGCAAGUGGCCAAACAUACGGCGGAACGGUGCCAAACCGACGUGAUUGUCGACGCCUUCUGCGGCGCCGGCGGCAAUAGUAUUCAAUUUGCGUUCACCUGUGAAAGGGUCAUCGCGAUCGACAUCGAUCCGAAGAAGAUCGAACUCGCGCGAAACAACGCCGAAGUGUACGGCGUUGCGGACCGAAUCGAAUUCAUCGUCGGCGAUUUCUUCAAGCUCGCUGAUUCGUUGAAAGCCGACGCUGUUUUCCUGAGUCCGCCUUGGGGCGGACCCGAGUAUUUGACACAGCUUUCUUACGAUUUGGAGACGAUGCUGCAGCCGGUCCCACUCACCGAUCUCCUAUAUGCCGCUAGGAAAAUUUCGCAGAACAUUUCUCUGUUUUUACCAAGAAACAGCAAUACUUAUUCGUUGCUUAAGUCAGCUGGUUCUGGGGGUUUCGUGGAGAUCGAGCAGAACUUCGUGAACAAGAAGUUAAUAGCGAUUACCGCUUAUUACAACGGUCUCAUUAAGGAAAUUAUAAUAAUAAGACACGCUCGCUCACCGCAAGUACAUAUAGGAGAGUACUCUAGUCCGGUAGAACUUGCCAUCAUCGUAAUGACUAAUGCCAAAGCGAAGGCCAGGAAUUAUCCUUGCCUGACGUGCAAAAAGAAGUUCCUGAGUAAGAACGAUUUGAGGAAGCAUGAGCGGAUCCACACGGGCGAAAGACCUUACGUCUGCAAAGAAUGUAAUCUGGGCUUCAGACAGGCCGGAUCGCUGAAGAACCACAUGGCGUCGAGGCAUUCGCAGUUGGAUAGCAGCGAGGUUUACGUUUGCAACGAGUGCAACAAGUCAUUUCCUAUAAAGGAGAGGUUGAGGCUUCACAUGAGGACGCACACUGGGCAUAAGCCGUACGCGUGCAAGCACUGCCCGAAGACGUUCGCGAGAGGAGGUCAGUUGGUGCAGCACACGAGGACGCACACCGGUCUGAGACCGUACGAAUGCAAAGAGUGCAAGACGACGUUCACGUGCUCCGCCAAUCUGAAGCUGCACAUGAAGAGGCACCAGGACAUCCGCGACUACGUGUGCGACAUCUGCGGGAAAUCCUUCUUCAGACGCGACGCCCUCAAGAAGCAUCUGAACUGCUAUCACGACAACGUGAAGGCUUUCCACUGCAACAUCUGCAACAAGAACUUCAAGGGUCACCUACCGCAGCACAUGAGGACCCACAAGAAGCACAAACCUCACGGCUGCGCCCACUGCGGCGCCCGCUUCGCCCAGAAGUCGCAGCUGACCGUUCACCAGAGGACGCACAGCGGCGAGAAGCCGUACAGAUGCCAGGUGUGUUGGAAAGCGUUCGCACACUCGACCGCCCUCAAGCUGCACACUCGUCAGCACACCGGAGAGAAACCUUUCGACUGCAUCCUCUGCGUGAACGUCGCCUUCUCUCAGCUUCCGCAUCUCAAGAAGCACAUGCUGUGCAUCCACAAAACCACCAAACCGUACGUCUGUCGCUACUGCCGCUCCUUCAACAAGACCAAGUCCGAUUUGGAGGCGCACUUCGCCAAAUGCAAGAAGUACAAGUUGGAGAACGAUAAAGUGGGAAACGAUGGUGACGAGGUCCAACCUUCGAUGCCCAUCGAUAAAAUGAGGCUGCUCCUGGCCGUGCUCCUCAAGAAGAUAUCGACGCCGCAGAAGCUCAAAGAGCUCGGAUUCGACAAGAAGCUAAUAGACGAUGUUCUCAUUGCAUCGAUCAGAAGCUCAAGCCGAGAACCCUGCACCGACGAUUCAAUCACCAGCGGAGAACGUCUCAAACAGAACGUACAAAUCCUCUUAGAGUGGACCGUACCGAAAGAGUACAUGGAGAAGUUCAAAUGUGAACAACGUUCUACCGAAGAACUGCUCGAAGAAUUGACUUCCUAGAAACACAUAGUACAACGUUAUAUAAAUAUACCAAAAACAAAUACAAAACACUAAAACUAAUCGCAAAUUAUUA